AUGGCGGAGCCGACGUUGGAGGGGAGCCAGCCGGUGGAUCUGUCCAAGCACCCCUCCGGCAUCGUCCCCACGCUCCAGAAUAUUGUGUCGACGGUCAAUUUGGACUGUAAACUGGACCUCAAAGCAAUUGCCCUUCAAGCACGUAAUGCAGAAUAUAACCCCAAGCGUUUUGCUGCGGUUAUUAUGCGGAUAAGAGAACCAAAAACUACAGCAUUGAUAUUUGCGUCAGGGAAAAUGGUCUGUACUGGAGCAAAAAGUGAACAACAAUCUAAACUUGCAGCUAGGAAGUAUGCUCGCAUCAUCCAGAAGCUUGGUUUUCCAGCAAAAUUCAAGGACUUCAAGAUUCAGAACAUUGUUGGGUCUUGUGAUGUCAAAUUCCCAAUCAGACUUGAGGGUCUUGCAUACUCUCAUGGUGCUUUCUCAAGUUACGAACCAGAGCUCUUCCCUGGCUUGAUCUAUCGGAUGAAGCAGCCAAAGAUUGUGCUGCUGAUUUUUGUUUCAGGCAAGAUUGUUCUGACAGGAGCUAAGGUGAGAGAGGAGACGUACACUGCCUUCGAAAAUAUUUAUCCUGUCCUCACAGAGUUCAGAAAAGUCCAGCAAUGGUAUGUAGCAUCUGAGUACAUAUUAACAGGCAUGGAUAACUUAUUGGAAGCAAGCAGGACAGGAGUGCUGAAUGGGAAAUGUUAUUGCUGGCUGCUAGCUCCAACUUCCAAGUGUACAUAUAAUCUGGACCUCGGAGGAGCCUAUACGCUGCGGUCGCUGCCCAUCAGUCCCAUGAGACCUGGUGCGGUGCACUUGUCGAUGUCCACAUGGAUCAUGCUUGGUCGAGUAGAUUCAUGGUCAUGGGCAGCGAUUGUAGCUUGCAAUGCCUUAGUGGAAGUGAACAACGAUAGGUGUUCUGCUUCUGCCAUAGUUCAUUUUCCCUUUUGGAAAUCCUUUGGCUCAUGGAGUGACUGGAUGUAUCCAACUCUUUCUCAUUCAGCAAUGCUCACUUAA